AUGCACCCAUUAAAUCCAUUUCUCCGUGCCUUCUUUCGAAGCACGGUCCCUGGACAGUGUGUCCCGGUCGAAAACCAUGUGCUCCUAGUUCCCACGACAGAGUCAUUGUUCGGAUCGCGAGACAAAGACUCCAAUGUACUUUACUCGGAUCUUGUUUCUUCGGAGGAGUUUCUUGGAAGCCAUGUCCUACGAAUACCGAACCCGCCUGGUCCGUCACAUAAAUCAGAUGCCCCCAACGCUCGAGAUACACGGACCAAGGCCAAACAAGUAACAACUGUCAACGGCCGUACGGUUAUCAUCAAGGAGAAUUCGAUAUAUAGCAACAAAGGAUUCAAAUCGCUUUGUCAAGCUCAAAUCAUAUCGGACGUCCUCUAUUACACACCAAAUCAUAACUCGCAGCCAUGGCUAAUCUAUUACAUUUCGAAGCCGCUAGUCGGCACUUACGAUCCUGGAAAGAUAGUCCCGGCCGUACCUUCGGGGAACCUCCAAGUAACCGACGCUGAACCUUCCAAUCGAAACGCCGGAGAUACAUCGAGUAUUCAGAAACGGGACAUCAAGUCAUUUGCGGAGCUUCUGUCACACUUCCCGAUGAUUGCGAGACAAAUGCAGCCAGGUCUUGACAGGUUGUUUCGCGAGUUUGGAAAGGAGCUAGGGAAGCCUUUACCACCACCUCCAUCGCAAUCGCCAGCUUCUCCAUCCAAACCUGAACAGUGGCCUAGUGAAGCGACCGACUCGUCGCAAGCAGAUCGAUUACCGUUCAACUCCGACGAAUAUUUCGCCGAUGAUGAAGAUCUCAUGCGCCGCAGUCUAGAAACAGCUGUUACAGCCGCAAUUGACAUUUUCCGUCUAGUUGACAAGCAGCAGCUCUCACUUCUUGGAGCGACUACCGACUUAACCGGCCCUUUAGUGGAGCGACUAAUCGAGAAAUACAUUGCACAACAGGUUCAUGAGACGCUGUUAUUUCCUCGACUUUGCAAUUUUCGUCGAACCGAGGAUGUUGAGCUUGACACAAGGAUACGACAAAUCGAGCACAUUGAUGUAUCUCAGGUCGGUAUCGCUAUAGAAGGGGGACUCUCCGGUAAGACGGAAUUAAUGAAUCGACUUAGCAGAGGUGUAGAGGCCUUUCGAAAGAUGAAUGAUGCAACUUGUCCUCAGGAUAUGCUUGACGUGCUGUUGGCAACUAUCAAGGCUGUCACAGUGUCGGAAGAGUCGGACCGAUCCUUACACUCAUCAGAGAAGCAACCACCUGCCUUUACGGUGAAUGCAGACAUUCUGGUAUCCAUGCUCCUUGUUGUGGUGAUCAGAUCCCAAGUUCGUCGGCUUCAAGCUCGGCUUCUCUAUAUGCAGCAUUUCAUUUUCGUUGAUGAUGUUGAAAGCGGAGAGAUGGGCUACGCUUUAAGUACUUUGGAGGCUGUGUUGACCUACUUGGUUAGCGAUUACGCUCCACUUCGAAAGGCCAGCGCGCGUAAUAAGCGGCUUUGGCAGGCUACAAAGACUGGCAAUAUAAGGGACAUCAGAUCGAUCCUAGAACCAAAUGAGAACGAGAAUGACGAAGACUUGUCAGUGUUUGAUCAUAUAGACACCAACUCAGACACAUUAAACAAUGAAGCAAUCAAAACCUCGUCGCUCGAACAACAAUCUAUCAGAUUCACACUUGCUAAUGGAAACUCGCUUGAACCGCAUACAGAAACCGUUGAGAACUCGCCAUUAGAGCCUCCACUUUUAGCCCAUGUGUUUCCAUUCCAGACUUGGGAGCAUUCCACCUCAAGUAACACUUAUAAGAAGCCUCGAAAAAGGGUCUCCAUGGAUGUCGGAAGUAUAUCAGGCUCAUCUAUGAUCUCGUUGCUAUCCAGAACAACAACCAUUGCCUCGACGUUCAGUGGCAUUGAAGGUGACACUUCAAUCGAGACUCUGAGUCAUACGCACGACCCUGCUGGUGAUUCAGUGCCAAUGAUGGCAGUUGAAAGCCACCAACCUGCAGCUCUAAAAUAUCUUCUUAGUCUGCAAGAGUACUAUUCAAUUGAUGUCAUUCUUGAGGAUACGAAUCGUGAUGGCACCACACUUCUCAGUGCAGCUGUUCAACAUGCGAAUAGAAAGGUGGUCGACAUCAUUACUGACUUUCUAUUGGCUGAAGCAGACAUACAUACAAUCAGCAGUUAUCUAGAGAAAGAAGACAUAAGAGGACGGACAGUUGCACACUACCUAUUCAGUGCUCCUUAUCUAAUGUCUUCACUGGGGAGUCUUUUACCUUGGCAGAAAAGGGAUAAACAUGGACAGACGCCUCUUUUCGCAAUAUGCCGGUCAUAUGACCAUACUAAUUAUCAAGCCAUGGUCAAUGAGGCUCUGACAGUAGCGCAAAGGGCCCAAGAUGAUGGACAACCACUCAGAAUAGGCGAUCACGUCGACUUGAAAGGCAACACUCUUUUGCACAUUGUUAGCGAUCCUGAGAUUAUAACACGAAUCUUAGCAGAGUGUGACUGCGAUCCGAAUGCUACCAACGAGAGAAAGUUCACGCCGUUGAUGGUGGCAAGUAAAUAUGGUCGAGUUGACUUGAUGCGGAGACUCUUUGCUGAUCCUAGAGUUGAUACGCACAUUACGGAGAGCCGGGGCCUAACAGCUAUUGAGCUUGCAAAAGACGAUGAAGUACGGAACAGGAUUGACGACAUGAUCCUUUUUCUAAAUCCUCCUCUAAAUUCUGGAGAUAUCACCGGCCGGAUCACCACAGUUGUGCGUUCUCUCUUUGUUGAAGAUGCCACUGUGAGAUUUAUAUUGAAGUCGGGUGCCCAAGCCUCAUCUGAUACAACUUCAGUCAACGGCACAACCUACGCCAUUACCACUUGUCGACGGUCUUUUGCCGACUUUGAACACCUAGCUAAAUGUUUGGCAGUCGAGCACCCGGCGUCUUAUAUCCCGAGCAUAUCUGAGGCUCGAAGUCCUUUCCAAAUUCAUUCAAAGCCAUCUCGCGCCAUUCUUCAUGACAUGCAAGGUCGUCUUGACCAGUUUCUAAGGAUUCUUCUGACCCACCCGACCUUUGCAACACAUGAAAUGCUGUGGGAGUUUUUCCUCAUGCCGGAAUUGCAACCUGAUAUGAUGAUUGAUCGAUCGCAGCGCAAAGCCUCGGUGCUUUAUGAAAGCAUCUACGAUGACUAUUCGCCCAUAACUCCAGAUGGUAUCAGGGAUACGGAGCAGUUCGUAGCCCAUGCUCAGGAAAUUGUACGAGCCGCGCAUGCCAAUACACGGAGCGUCAUACGGCGCGGACACUCGGCACAGCAUGCGGCAUUUGACUUUGGAGAUGCCGCUAGUUUGUGUGCGUCGAUUCUUUCUACAUUCAAGCCACCGUCAAACGCUAUUCCGGUCUCGCACAUUGAUGCUUUUGCUCAAUACGCCGCUGCUAUGAGCACCUCCUCAUCAGACUCUUCUCCCCUCCUUCAGUUCCUAACAACCCUCACGUCUGUACAAAGUACAACGACGGCAGUUUUGAGUGCACUUUCCCGUCCAGGGAGACUAAUCUAUACUCUUUCAUCUACGAACCGCAAUUUGUCACGAUCCCGCUCGUCGCUUGCAUCCUCAUCGCUACCGAGGAAAUUCAACCUCAACCUUUCCGUUCUUGAGGAAUCGAGACAAAAGAACUUACGAGAACUCGAGCAGAAAAUAAAUGAAUCGGAAGCCCAGGCAUCACGAUUAUCACGUGAGAUAUCGUGGAAUAAGGAUGUGGUGGUUAGUGAGCUCGCUGGCUGGACCUCGUGGAGAGAAAAAGUCGGACGAGACGCCAUUCGAGCAUUCGUCAGAGCAACCGUUGUACAAGAGAGGGAACGUGAUCGCCGACUGGAAAGGUGUCUACGGAAUAUCAAGGAGCUGCCCCGCUUGCCAGGUUCAGCGAAAUGA